CAUCCCUGUCUGUCUCCCUGGUUCUAGCAGCUGUCUCGGCGUCUGGAGCAAGCAGCUGCAACAGCUGCUUACUACGAAUUGACGUUCACCUCCAACACACCGAACUGCAAAAAUGGCAAAGAGCGACAAGAAGCGGCAGCGCGAGUCGGACGAAGCAGCGGCAGGCGCGGCAGUGGCAGACCAGUCUCGGUCGCAGUCUCCCAAGCCCUGGACCAAAAAGGCACGCCUCGAGUCCAAAACGUCACUCUUCGUUCGCUCCCUCCCCCACUCGGCCACCAGCGAGAGCCUCACGGAAUACUUUUCGCAGCAUUACCCCGUCAAGCAUGCCACAGUGGUGCUCGACCCGUCGAACAAAGUGUCGCGUGGCUACGGCUUCGUCUCGUUUGCCGACGCCGACGAUGCCAUAGAGGCCAAGGAAAAACUCAACAACCAGCUGUUUGGCGGGCGCCGCCUGAGGCUUGAUAUUGCCCAGCCCAGACACCGUGAUGGCAGCAGGCCAAUGUCUGCCGGCACGUCCAAGAUUGCCGAGGAGAAGCGUAUGCGCGAGGAGGCCCUCGUCGAGGCUCGCAAGGCCCCCAAGCUCAUCCUUCGAAAUCUGCCCUGGAGCAUCAAGACGUCAGACCAAUUGGCCGCCCUGUUCAAGCCGUAUGGCAAAGUCAAGUUCUCAGAUCUCCCUAAUGACAGGGGCAAGCUCUCUGGCUUUGGCUUCGUCACGCUCCGUGGCCGCAAGAACGCGGAGAAGGCUCUGGAAAAACUCAACGGCACCGUCGUUGAUGGCCGCACCAUAGCCGUCGACUACGCCGUGGAUAAGGAGACCUGGGACAAGCAAAAUGACGGCGAAGAGUCCGAUGAAGCUCCCAGUGCUGCCAAAAAGAAGUCAAAGUCCAAGAAGUCUCAGGAGCCUGCAGAUGACAAGAGCGACAAGGACGACGAGGAGGAAGACGAGAACAUGACCCAGGAAGAUAGGGAUCUGGCAAACUUUUUCAAGACCCAUGGCGACGACCUCGAGGACGAGGAGGAGACCGACGACGAGGACAAUGCGGACAAGGAUUCCAACGAGGACCAGGACGAAGAGAACGACGACGAUUUUGAGGACAUUGGCUCAGAUAUGGAGGAUGACGGCGGUGCUUCCAUCACAGAAAAAGACGAAAAGCCAGCACGGCCAAUGACAGCAGACAACUCGACGACGCUAUUCAUUCGUAAUCUUCCCUACUCUGCCACUGACGAGACGCUCAAGGCCCACUUUAUGCAGUUUGGCCCAGUUAGGUAUGGUAGAGUGGUAAAAGACCGCACGACAGACCGUCCGGCUGGCACCGGAUUCGUAUGUUUCUUCAAUGCCGAAGACUCGCAGGCCUGCAUGAAAGGCGCACCUCGCCAUCAGCCCACUCCGAUCACGGGCAAGCAUUCUCUCCUGCAAGAUGAAACGAUUGACCCUGAAGGAAAGUACACACUGGAGGGCCGUAUCCUACAAAUUUCACAAGCAGUUGCCAAGGAGGAGGCAACCCGGCUGGCGGAGAGUGGCCCGGGAGCACGCAACCGCCAAGAGAAGGACAAGAGAAGGCUCUUCCUGCUGGCUGAGGGCACAAUCUCCAGCGGCUCGCCGCUCUAUAGUAAGCUGUCGGCGGCAGAGAUCAAGAUGCGGGGGUCGAGCGCCGCGCAGCGAAAGAAGAUGAUCCAGACCAACCCAGCCCUGCACCUGAGUCUGACCCGUCUCGCCCUGCGCAACAUCCCGAACAACAUCACUUCAAAGGACCUCAAGGCCUUGGCGCGUGAGGCCGUCGUUAGCUUUGCCAAGGACGUCAAGGAGGGCCGCAGAGAGCCCAUUUCCAAGGAGGAGAACAGCAGAGGCGGCCUGCCUGACAAGGAGGCAGAGCGCCGCCGGAAGGCCAAGGGCAAGGGCGUCGUGACGCAAGCCAAGAUUGUGUUCGAGACGGCCCAGGGCUCAAAGGUGGACGAGGGCGCCGGCGCCGGCAAGAGCAGAGGCUACGGUUUCAUCGAGUACUCGUCUCAUCGCUGGGCGCUGAUGGGACUGCGGUAUCUGAACGGCCACGCGGUCAGGAACGAGGCAGGGAAGACGCAGAGGCUGGUUGUCGAGUUUGCCAUUGAGAAUGCCAACGUUGUGCAGAGAAGACGGCAGCUCGAAGAGAAGUUCAAAGCGGGGCCAGGGCCUUCCGCAGCCGGAGCCGGAGCCGGGAGACCGGGCGCUACGCCGGCAGCAUCAUCGGCUGGCAACAAGGCGAAGCCGUGGAAGAAGACCAAGGGCGACAAGCCAGACAACAGCGCCGCAGUCGAGAGCAAGGCCGGUAACAAGGCCGAAACCAAGCUGGCCCUAAGGACCAAGAUUAUUGCGAGGAAAAGGUCUCUUCGGAAGAAGAAGGCCGUCAGUCGAGGAGGGAAGUAGUGGUUGAGCGUUAGGCUUGCCAUGGAGUGUUAUUAGCCAGUAAUGGAGGUAUAAUUUUUGGGACGAAAUAAUGUUUGCAUCCUUUCAACCGGCAUAAUUCAUCGUGAGCCGAGUUGGUGGUGGGCUUUUUGUUGUGGAAGCCGGCGAGGUGAGACAUGUCGGUUUACUGCACCUCAGGUACUGGUGUUAUGUCGUCGUCGUUCUUGGGGGUGUAUGGCGGGCCGUAGCCGAUGCAUCGGGAAGAAGCCGGCCUGUGGCGCGGCCAUGCAUUGCCUGAGACGCAGCCAGCGGCAAUCGUGAGUGGCUGGCUGGCAAGCAACCACCCGAUUCGCGCAUUCAGGGGAGGCUGUCGGUGGGC